UUUACGAACAUAGAUGUUUUAGUUGGAUUUCUUGUCGGUAAUGGGUUUGCCAUAGUUGGAGCUAUACUUCGACUCUUGGCCAUUUGGCUCUAUCGCCCGGAACUUCUGAUUAUCGGACGAUUUUUAACAUCUAUGUGCGAGGCUGUAACGUACCAGUCCUGCAUUCUAUUCUUGCAGGAAUGUUCACCAACGGAAAAACGCGGUAUGAUGACUUUUCUGAGCGAGAUCAGCUAUUCUUCGAUGUGCCUUGUCGGGAUGAUGCUUGGUACUCGACAGCUGCUCGGCAACAAUUUGGUGGUAUUGACAGCAUUUCCAGUGCCAUUUUGUGAGUUUAGACAUUCCGAGUACGGAAAUUACGAGGCAGGAAGCGGUGGAGAAGAGAAAGGGGGAGGGGGUGGGGGAGGGGAGGAGGAAGGGAAAGGAGAAACUAUUCGUGAGGGCUCGUUUUGGAGUGCUAUAUUUUUCGUUGCUCUAUUCUUUCUGCCUGAGACCCCAAAGUUUCUUCUGGCAUCUCGUGCAGAUAAAAUGGCUGCAGAGCGCUCAGUGCGUUUCUAUCAUGGAUCGCAUUGCAAUGUGGACAAAGUGCUCAAAGAAAUUAUUCUAGUGAGUUUCCUUGACAUCACUGAGGGCAACGUUUCGAAUGCAUUCUGUCAUUUUCAUUAUUUUACGAGCCAUAUCAAUAAUAGUAGACGUCAUCCGUCUAGUCACCACGGUGCGAUGUGUGUUAGUACACACAAGCUUGAAAUCCCGGUUGAGGCGCUGGGGUCAGGGCUCGGCAUAGCUGGCACCGGGUCAAGCUGAAU